AUGGUGAGUAAUGGUCCGUAUCCAUACAAUAUUUUUGGACCGCAGCCAUCGUUCGCAUAUUCUUCGACACCUGUUUUCCCGGGAUAUCUGAAUCCAUCAGCUACUACUACAACUAAUGAUCAAAAUCGUAAAGCGACAGGACGACGAGAACGUACAACAUUUAAUCCUAUGCAGCUCUCUUAUCUCGAAUCAGUGUUUAAGCAAACCCAUUAUCCGGAUGUUUAUCAUCGUGAACAAAUCGCAGAAAAAAUUGGACUUCAGGAAUCUCGAAUUCAGGUGUGGUUCAAAAAUCGCCGAGCAAAAGAUCGACAACAAAAACGGAUGAUGCAAGUACGGCACAAUCAUGAUCGAUGUAGCAGCCAUACAGAAACGCCUCCACCAGAACCGAACAAAGGUGAAUCAAGUGCACAGAAAAGUAUUUCACCAUUGGUAAUCCCUGGUACUGCGGAAUUUAAUCGGAAAACUGGAAAUAGUUCAGAAAAUACCGUCAAGGAAGAGUAUCCGUUGAGAGCAGUAUACCCGACACAUGCAGCAAAUUUAGCCGGUUGGUCAUCGGCGUAUUCAUUAGGUGCUCAAUCUGCAACUGCAUACAUGCCUGGUGCGAGUCAUACACAUGCUGCAUGCGGAUUUAGUUUAAGCAGUACCGGCGCACCUUCUUACUAUCCAUAUCAGGGUGAUAUUUACAAUCCUUAUGCUCAAAGUAAUGCUACUGCAACCCCGUAUUCGUAUCCACAAAUGUUCAAUCCACUCAAUAAUGAUUUACAAAGGCCUGGCAGUUGA